CAACCAUUGCUUGUUUAUCUUGAAUUUUUGUUUUGAAUCUCUUUCUUAUUCUCAGUCUCUAGCUCCCUCUUGAGGAAGUCUGGCUAUCGGAACCGUGGGCCCUCCUUCCACUUCUUUUGAGGAAACUUUGUCUGGCCUACAGAGAUAUUUCCGAGAAGACCUCAUCUUCUAAGUCACCCAAAGGAUGGAGCUCCUUGGGAGAACUGAGGGAAAUUUGCCAUUUGGCUCAUCCUAGGAACCAAAUAGACCUGGCAUCUGCGUCUUGUUAGAGACUGAGUUAGACCUCAAUUUUCCCAGCAGUAAAUGGGUCCUAGUCUUCCUCUGCCUCUCAGAUUCUGAGACUAGGAUAGAUAAAACUCCUUGGGAAACAGCCUAGAACAUUUGAAACCUUCUGUGAAGUUCUUUGCUUUCAUUUAGGGACUUUCUAGCUAUAGGAUGUAAGUGAUAUGGUUUAGGCAUCUACACAACCUUAACAGCAAGAAAGGAUAAGGGUUGAGAGUCUUGUGGUGUGGACAAGACCAUGAGCUGAGGGCCAUGUGAGGAGAUGGUCAACAGGGCAGCUGUGGAGACCUUAACAAUGUUGGGCGUGGAGGAGUGUGGGCAAAGCCAAGUCAGGACUGGGUACCUACUGCUGCCUAUAUCCUUCUGGGGUCCAAGCCAUGUCCUUGUCCCUGUAUAGGCAACUCUGGAGCAUGGGGAGCCAGCGGCUGGCCAGGGGAGAAGCUGUUACAUGGUGUCAUGCUAUGAGACACAUAUGUUGGGGUACCUGGGGUCGCACAUGGAGGUUCAGGUUAUGCAAGAACAGCUCAGUUGCUUACUUGUUGGGACUGAUAGUGUGAGAACAUUUUGGACAGUGACGAGAGGUGAGAUGAUGUUUGUGUUAGAGCUCUAAGGGCAUGGAGAGAUCUACAGAUUGACGAUUCUUCCCACAGAGCAGAUCUGUGCUCUGCUCCAGCUCUUCUGACCACGUAGGCUGACAUCUGUGGUGACACUUCAGCAUCCUGGGCACACGAGUCACGCUUAAACCACACCCUAGCUGAAAAGGACCAUGACAUCAUGUUGAUUAGUGUUUCUAAGGAAAUGAUUAACCAGUGAGGGGGAAACCAGGAGUUGUCAUCAGGGGACCAUGCUUAGCUGGUUCCUUCUACCAAAGCAGAUCUGUCUAUGAACUGCACUGUUCUCUUUCCCAUCCACAAAGCAGACACGUCUAAUGUCCUUCACUGGUCUUUUGGCUGCACCGAUGUGAUCUAUAUAAUGAUACCACUGAGUCUUGAGUAGCCCAGCCUAUGUUUGACCUGGAUCCAGGUGGACAGAAUGGAAUUGGGGAACCCUGGACCCCAAGCACGACAAGAGUGACAAAAUCAGCUUUUUAAUUGCUGUUUCAUUCACCAAACAUUCACAAGUCUCUAUCAUAUGCCAUCACUGAGUUUGACAGUAGGGGAUAAAAACACACAUUGUAUAUGGGGUAUCUAUAUAGGUCGGGAGACUUAGGUGUCCCUCCUUUUUGGCCCUGAAAGUCAACCGGUAGGAAAAUAUCCAAUAGAAAUAACCUCACUUAUGGAGAAUGUUUUAUGGAUGUAGAUGUUUGGUACAGUUUAUUUAUAAUUAAAAUACACUAUAAUAAAUAGAUACUAUAAAUAAUACCCUAUACUAUAAAUAUAAAUAUACUAUAAAUAAAAUACACUAUAAUUAAAAACUAAAUACAAAACUAGAACUAGUUCAAAUGUUCCAGAGUAAUGAUCUAUAAUCAAUGAUCUAUAAUCAUUGAGCUGUAAUAACACACGAUCAUAUUGAUGCACUAGGCUCAUGGUUGAGUCGAUCAGGCAGCUCUUAAAAAUACUAGAAUGAUCUGGAAAAGUCUUACAAUAUUAAAUAUAAAUAAUAAAAAUACAAAAUUACAUUCACAUUAUGAUUAUAAUAAUGCCCCUGACCUGCCCCCUCUCCGCCCCAAACAUACAGUAAAAAGGAGGAAGAAAGCAAAUAAGCAAACGGAACUAUCAUAAGCCUAGAAAAAAAUGCACUUGAAAGAAAUAAACCAAAAUGUUAAUAGUGGUUAGAUUUGGGUUAUAACAUUUUCCCUACCUUUCAGGAAAGAAAUUUUCCUCAAAUUACGCCUCAGAAGUCAUAGAUGCCACAAUGAGGUGGGAAGAGUGUGGAAGCAGACAGCCCACAUCCUUACUGGGACCUGCCCUGCUGCUUACCUAGCUUUCAGAGAUAAACUAAAUUUUAAUCUUUUCUAUUUUAUGUAUUUUUUAAAUUAGCUUUUGCUGGGUGCCUGGCUGGCUCAGUCAGAAGACCAUGCGUCUCUUGAUUUCGGGGUCAUGAGUUCAAACUCCAUGUUGGGUGUAGAGAUCACUUAAAAAUAAAAUCUUUAAAAUAGAAUUAGCUUUUGCUACUUUUGGACGGUGAUCUACAGUUCACAUUACAAAUGAAGUUAAAAAAAACCCCAAUUUGAAUUAAAAACACUAGUAAUGUUGCUUUUUCUCUACUCUUAUGAGACUCCCUUAUAAGCCUGUGGAGAAGACUUUGUGAAGACCUGAUGCCUGAGCAGCAGCAGCCGUUUUGUAACCAUGAAGCGACCACCCCUCCCCAAGAAAAGCCAACAAAAUGUUGGGGGAAGGGGAAAGAUUUUAAGAAAAGAGUCUCUGAUGAUGUCACUGAGCUGCCAGACAAACCCCGGAAAUGCCACCUCGACUUUACAAUAAGGACACAGGAAAUGUUCUAGGGUUUUUGAGGAACAAGGACUUCCUUUGAACAUUUCUUCACGUUCUCAGUUUUUAAGGGUUAAUUGUUAUUAUAAGAGGUGAAUAUACCAUAAUUGAUUUAAUCAUAUUAAUUUUAAUUAAUUUUGGUUUUUUGCUUUAAAAAACUACCUAUUUCUUUUUAAAAAAAUUAUUAUUAUUAUUAUUUUUUUAAGUAGGCUCCAUGCCCAGCGUGGAGCCCAACACAGGGCUAGAACUCAUGGCCCUGAGAUCAUGACCUGAGCUGAGAUCAAGUCCAAAGCUUGACCGACUGAGCCACCCAGACACCCUGUAGGUCCUUUUUGAAUUGUUACAAACAAGCUGUGACAAACACCAUUGUGCAUACAACUUUCUUCAUCUUUCUCUUUCUAUCCAUAGGACAGAUCCCUGGCAGAGUACUUUGCUGGUCAAAUGAUAACAACAGUUUAAGGCUCAUCAUUCACAUUAGCCCUCCCGCCCCAUUAGCCCAAUUAACCCAGGGACCAGCUUUUUUGUGGGGGUCUCAGCCCUUUGAUAGUGAUGCUAUGAUCUUGAGAUGCUGGGCUAUGUAGCUAGUGCUGGUGUUGAGCCCCCCAGACAUUUCCCCAGCUGGAGCCAGUGUUGUGACCCAACAGCCGUUUGUGGUUCUUAUUAUGACUGUGAGGCUCGCACCUCAGCAGCAACCAUCAGGGAAAUUUUAAAACGCAAGGUUUAUUACUCACAGGGGUACUCGGCAUGCCUGAGGGCCUCCCGGUGAAGUCACUGGUAAAGAGACAGGGAGAGCAUAGACCUGGGGUUCUGCCUUUAUUGGGGUUAAGGGUGGGGGGCCUGGGGCUUUGUGGAUUCACCAUUGGUAAAUGUAAAACCUAAGAGCAGGAAUUAGAACACGGGAAGGGAAAAGCAGGGUCACUUAAGUGACCAGCUGUAUGGGUUACUCGGACCUUUCUCAAAGGGGAAAUGUAUGGGCGGGGCAGCCUGGCUCUUUAUCUGGCAGCCUCACUGGCAAUAUGUCUUUGAAACGGAUGCUUCGGCAAUCCGAAGCUGACAUUACAAUCAGAAGAGCUCAUUGCCAGGUCCUGACACCCCUCUGCGUACUGCUGAGAUUCGUGCAUGUUUGAUGAUGGAGCUGAAGUCUGAAAGGCCAGCCUUGAUCUUGCCCCUUGAGGAGCGGAGGCUUCCUCUCGUUCUGCUGUCUCCAUCCGGGGUGUGUUCUGGCUUGGGUGAUCUCCUUCAGACUCCACGGCAUUAUCAUCUGUGUCCCCUCGAUGCCGUCUGACAGCUGGGCACAUAGCAGAAGGCUCUGUGGCAGAAAUGCUUAUCUCCGGAUCUGGUCUUGUGAGAAGGCACCUGCUCCCCGGGUCACACCAGCAUCUCACCUCCUCUCACUAUAGAAACCAUUUCCCCCUCGAGGAGGCAACUGAACCAUUGUUGCAAAUAGCCUGAACUUUUGUGGCGACCCAGAGCUCUCCCACUUUAUACAGCUCACAGCAUGACACCAACACCGAUGAUUUUAAAUAUCCCCCCUUGGUUUCCUCGACUUUCUAUCUUCUAAUACCCCGAGGCUGCCUAUAUAGAAAAGACAUGGUUUAGACCCCAGAAGGAGGCAGCAGGUCUCGGGUCCCAGCUCCACUUGGCCACCGCUUGAGCUCACACCCUCUACUGCCCAGCGCCAUGGAGGUCCCCGCGGCUGCCCUGGCCGUCCUGCUUCUCACCGCGGCACUCUGUUCCCAGACCUACUCUUCCUCUUUUGGUGCUGACACCCCGACUUCCUGCUGCUUCUUCUAUAUCUCCCGGCAGAUUCCUCAGAAAUUUGUGGUCGACUAUUACGAGACCAGCAGCCAGUGUUCCAAGCCCGGUGUCAUCUUCCAAACCAAAAGAGGCCGGCAGAUCUGUGCUGACCCCAGGGAGGCCUGGGUCCAGAAGUAUAUCAGCGACCUGGAGCUGAAUGCCUGAGUGGCCGGGAAGCUACCAGGAAGGUGUCACAGCUGUGUGCAGACUGGCGAGCAGGCACCUGAGCUGGGGCAAUGACCUUGGAACUCUGGAGGGCACCUCCUUUAUGGGUCCCACCCCCACCCCCACCCUCAGCUACACUCUGCAGCCCUCUCUAACUUUGAUUUUAGUUUAUGUAUCUUAUUUAACCUUUGUGAUUUAUUUCCAUUGUUGAAUUGUGUGAUGUAAUAAAUAUUUUCUCUGAC